UCCUCCUCCCCUUCGCUAGCAGCUGCGCUUCGCCCGGGACUGGACCGAGUUAGAGUUGAGACGCCGGAGGAGUAGCGCAGAGUGCGUGCGUCCCUCGCGGGGGGGUCCGUGCCUGCGAGCGGCGGGGAGCCGGGCUCCAGCCCAGUUUGGUGCAGCCUUGGCAGAGACCAACAAGGAGAGGGAGCUCCAUUAACACACUGCUUUUGCAGAGGGCAGCAGAGUUGAUCAAGAAAGAGCAGGUUACCUUCAGGAACGAAAAAAAAAAAAAGGUCUUGGAGCAACGUAUUAAGGUAAAACAGAUUGCAGUGGAUUUCUGGAUGGCAGAUCUGGAAUGGACUUGAGUCCUCUGGGAGGAUAUAGAACUGUCUGAACACACCUCUGGUGUAUUAGUAGGAUACAAACCAUGGCAGCAGGUCUUGCAAAUGUAGGAAAUACAUUUGGAGGUCCGCCAGGUUCUUUAGUUUUCUAGACUAGUAAGUUCCAGAACUCAUCUAUAGAAGAUGAUGAUGAUGUAGUUUUUGUUGAACCUAUACAACCUCCCACCAAUUCUGCCAUCACUGAUAGCAGAUCAAAGGAAGCUGCAUUUACAUCAUCAAAAAAUGAAGAACUUCAGGGAAAUGAUUGCAAAAUGCUUCCUUCUCCAAAAGACUUAAACUCUCAGAAGAGGAGUAUAAGUGAAACUAUUAUUAUUGAUGAUGAAGACGACAUUGAAACUAAUCAAGGACAAGAGAAGAAUGCUUAGUUUAAUGAACGAAGACUUCCAGAGUGUAAAAAUAGAAUCAACGAUAUGGAAUUCUCAUCUUCCGGUUUUUCGAGAAGUAAGGUAAAUUCAGGAAUAGGUAAUAGUGGUAUAACCACAGAACCAGACUCUGAAAUUCAGAUUGCUAAUGUUACUACAUUAGAAACAGGUCCUAUGAGCUCUGUGAGUGAUGGUCAUUUAGAAAAUGCUGAAGGGCGUGACAUGAACUUAAUAAUUACACAUGUUACAUCACUGCAGAAUGCCAACAUGGGAGAUGUAUCUAACGGACUGCAGUCAAAUUUCCAGCCUGUCACCCUGUUAUUAAGUAAUGUGCAACUGCAAAAGCCUUUAAAAGGGACAGACUGCAUAUCAGCGGAAAGAUCAGCUCACCUUUUUUGUUCUACUAGCUGCCUCUAUCAUUCACACAAACCACUCCAAAGAACUUUUGUGUUAUGUGCGAGAAAAGAUAUAACAACAAUGAAAGGUACCAUUGUUGCUCAAGUUGAUUCAAGUGAGUCAUUCCAGGAGUUUUGCAGUACGUCGUGUUUAUCCUUCUAUGAAGAGAAGCAGAAUCCCUCAAAAGGAGCUUUGAAUAAAUCAAGAUGCACUAUCUGUGGUAAACUAACUGAGAUUCGUCAUGAAGUUAGCUUUAAAAAUAUGACUCAUAAACUGUGCAGUGACCAUUGCUUCAAUAGAUACAGGAUGGCAAAUGGUUUAAUAAUGAAUUGCUGUGAGCAUUGCGGGGAGUAUUUGCCCAGUAAAGGAGCUGGAAACAAUAUUCUUACUAUUGAUGGUCAGCAGAAAAGAUUCUGCUGUCAGAACUGCAUUGGUGAAUACAAGCAGAAACAUGGCAAAUUAACAUCUUGUACUGGCUGCAGAGCUCAGUGCAAGUUUUUUGACAUGACUCAGUGCAUAGGAUCUCAUGGAUUUAUGGAGUCGUACUGCUCAACUGCAUGCAUGAACACACACACAUCAAAAUAUGCAAAAUCACAAAGUAUGGGAAUUAUUUGCCAGUUUUGUAAACGAAACUCUUUACCUCAAUAUCCAGCCACAAUGCCUGAUGGAAAAGUGUACAACUUUUGCAGUUCCAGUUGUGUAGCUAAAUUUCAGACUCUCGGUGUGCAGUCUUCAACAAAUGGUCAGUUUGUCUCUCCCAGUGAUAUUCAGUUGAAAUGUAAUUAUUGCAAAAGUUCUUUUUGUUCAAAGCCAGAAGUACUGGAGUGGGAGAACAAAGUGUAUCAGUUCUGCAGCAGAGCAUGUUCUGAUGAUUAUAAGAAACUGCACUGCAUAGUUACAUACUGUGAAUACUGUCAAGAGGAGAAAACGCUGCAUGAGACGGUGAAUUUCUCUGGCAUCAAAAGACCAUUCUGUAGUGAAGGCUGCAAGCUGCUAUAUAAACAAGACUUUGCAAGACGGUUAGGACUGAGAUGUGUUACUUGUAAUUACUGCUCACAGCUGUGCAAAAAGGGAGCCACUAAGGAACUUGAUGGUGUAGUGAGAGAUUUCUGCAGUGAAGAGUGCUGUAAAAAAUUUCAGGACUGGUACUACAAGGCUGCACGAUGUGACUGUUGUAAGUCUCAAGGAACUCUCAAAGAGAAAGUACAGUGGCGUGGGGAAAUGAAACACUUCUGUGAUCAGCACUGCUUGCUCCGUUUCUACUGUCAACAAAAUGAACCAAAUUUGGCAACCCAAAAAGGACCUGAGAACUUACAGUAUGAUCAGGGCUGUCAAGGUCUUCGAACAAAAAUAACUGGCUCAGCACCCCCACCUUCUCCAACACCUAACAGAGAAAUGAAGAACAAGGCAGUUCUUUGCAAGCCUUUAACAAUGACAAAAGCCACGUACUGUAAACCUCAUAUGCAGACAAAAUCUUGUCAGACAGAAGAUGAUUGGAAAAAAGAGUAUGUCCCAGUGCCUAUUCCUGUACCUGUCUAUGUUCCAGUGCCUAUGAACAUGUAUAGUCAAAACGUUCCUGUUCCUACAGCAGUUCCUGUUCCUGUGCCAGUUCCAGUUUUCUUGCCCACUAGUCUGGAUAGCAGUGAGAAAAUCCUUGCAGCAAUAGAAGAAGUGAGAGGAAAAGUGCCCUCAAAUCCUCUGGAAACUGAGCUACUGAACUUGUCAGAGGUGGUAUCUGAACAUGAUGGAAAACCUGAAGCUUCUGAUGUGACCAGUGUGGUGAUUGUGGAAUCAGAUCAGCUAAAUUCAGAAACAGCGAUACAGACAAGCUUGCCUGAUGUUCCAUAUGAACCAGAUCUUGACAUUGAAAUAGACUUUCCAAGAGCAACUGAGGAGCUUGAUACCGAAAAUGAGUUUUUGUUACCUCCUGUUUUUGGGGAAGAAUAUGAGGAACAGCCAAGGCCUCGGUCCAAGAAAAAGGGGGUGAAGAGGAAAGCGGUGUCAGGAUACCAGUCUCAUGAUGAUAGCUCCGAAAACUCAGAGUGUAGCUUCCCAUUCAAAUAUGCCUAUGGUGUAAAUGCAUGGAAGCACUGGGUAAAGUCUCGACAUUUAGAGGAAGAGCUUCCAGAAUUAGAGGAACUCAAAUCAACAAAGUCUGUGAAAUUAAAGGAAGAUCUAUUAUCACAUACUUCAGCUGAGUUAAACUAUGGGUUGACACAUUUUGUCAAUGAAAUUCGAAGACCAAAUGGAGAGAACUAUGCACCUGACAGCAUCUAUUAUCUGUGUCUUGGGAUUCAGGAGUAUUUAUAUGGAUGCAAUCGAAAAGACAACAUAUUUAUUGAUCCAGUCUAUCAGACAUUUGAACAGGAGUUAAAUAAAAUCCUUAGAAGUUGGCAACCAAGCAUACUUCCAGAUGGAUCAAUAUUCUCUCGAGUUGAAGAAGAUUAUCUGUGGAGGAUUAAACAGCUUGGAUCGCAUUCACCAGUUGCUCUUCUGAACACUCUGUUCUACUUUAACACUAAAUAUUUUGGCCUGAAGACAGUGGAGCAACACUUAAGACUUUCUUUUGGGACUGUUUUUAGACAGUGGAAAAAAAAUCCUCUAACAAUGGAAAGCAAAGCUUGUCUUCGAUAUCAAGUGUCUUCCCUGUGCAGAGCUGACAGUGAAGAUAAGAUUACUACUGGGAAAAGGAAACAUGAAGAUGAUGAACCAGUAUUUGAACAAAUUGAAAACACAUCUGAUCCAGCUAGAUGUCCUGUGAAAAUGUUUGAGUGCUAUCUGUCUAAAAGCCCCCAGAAUCUGAAUCAGAGGACGGACAUGUUCUAUCUCCAGCCAGAGUGCUCUGUCUCCACGGAGAGUCCCAUCUGGUACACUGCUACUUCACUGGACCGCAACACGUUAGAAAAUAUGCUCGUACGGGUUCUUUUAGUAAAAGAUAUUUAUGAUAAAGACAAUUAUGAACUGGAUGAAGACAUAGAUUGAAACAAACUUCUAAAAACUGUCAAGAAAGCAAACAGCAUUAGAUAUAGUCAUGCUGCUAGAUCUUUACUAUGGAAAACAUUUCAAGUUUACCCUUUGUUUUAUGAGUUUUGUAGCAGUGUGUACCCUCACCUGGGUAUUACCAUGUAAAUAGUCUGUGAGUGAAAGUUUCCAUUAUUCUGAGUAGUGGUUUUAGGAUACAUAACAAACACAUUUCAGAUUCUUUUUUUUAAUUAUUAUUUAUUUGAUUAGGUAUGUUUGUAACUUUUUACAUUGCAAAAUAUGAAUGAGAAUGUGCCAUGUGUAAUUUUUUUUCCCCUUGUAGUAAGAGACAUCCAAAUUGCACAACUCUGCUGUUGGAAGCUCCCUUGAAAGGAGGCUCUUUUAAUGGGUUCUUAAACCAGAUGGUUCUGUAUGGGUAGCACUACUAAAGUUUAGAACUUGCUGUGUCUUUCAGAAUUUUUAAAUAAAUUGUAAACUACUAGGUUUUUUACUUUUUAGUUACUGAAGCCUUAUAAGGUUAUGUAGAGAGAUUCCAUCUUCUGUACCAAAAAUAGACAAAAGAGAAUGCUGUCAAUAUUGGUGUACUGUAAUGUGAAUCUAUUCUGGUGAAACCAUUUUUUUUGUUGCCCUUAUUAAAACCUUAGUGUCCUUUCCUUA